AUGGAAAGCAUAGUCGGCGGCGUAAUCUUGGUGGGUUUCUUUCUCUCCGUUCGGCGGGACCAGUUACGAGCAUCUUCUGGCGUUUCUUGUGGAGAAAUGGGUUUGGUGAAAGGUGGGGUGAAAUGGGGCAAUUCGUAUUGUCCGGGGUUAUCUGACUCUUGGUCUUUUUUUAGGAAAAUGCUUGGGGUCGACGACUUCCCACCUCCGGUCACAGUCCAGCGACCUGUACCCCAAGCAUUUUCCCUCGAGAAAUGGGCUUCCUUUCGGCUUAACUGCGGUCUUCAGUACGCUGUGAUCACAUUUGUUCUGUAUGUCCGAUUGAUUCUGGAUUGGAAGCACGCCAUUGUUCCUGCAUUUGGAAAGAUUAUGGAAGAUGUGAAUGAUGAAUUGGAGGAGUCCUCCAAUGAUAAUGGUGCGGAUAAUAUGAACAAGGUUGAGGAUGAAAGGUUAGGAGAAAAUGGUCAGAUUGUACCCGAGGUAGGAAUGAUGUUCAACAACGAAACAGAAAUGUUUGAAAUGUACAAGAGAUAUGCUUAUGAUAUAGGUUUUCCUGUUAGGAGACGGAACUCAAAAAAAGGGAAUGAUGGCAUUCUGAGAUAUGUAACUUUCACAUGCAGUCGUGAAGGCAAAAGAAGUAGUAAUGCGAAUUGUUGUGGAAGAUGGAGAAUUAAUACAGUCCACCUUGAUCACAACCAUGAGACUAGUCCUUCUAAAUCUAGGUUGUAUCGAUGCAAUAGGGAGUUGAGUGCAAAUGUGAAACGUAAACUUGAAGUGAAUGAUGUUGCAGGCAUUCCGUUACAUAAAAGUUACAACUCCGCAGUUGCGGAAGUAGGUGGAUAUGAGAACAUGACAUGUAUAGAGAAGAAUUGCAAAAACUAUAUCGAACAAGUUAGAUGUUUAAGACUUGGAGAGGGAGACGCAGCUGCAAUACAGUCCUACUUUUCGAAAAUGCAAGCAAAGUGCUCGGAAUUUUACUUCAGCAUUGAUCUAGACGACGAGUGUCGACUAAAGAAUGUCUUCUGGGCAGAUGAUAGGUGUAGGCAAGCGUACAAAGAGUUUGGCGAUGUUGUGACAUUCGAUACCACUUACCUAACGAACAAGUAUGACAUGCCGUUUGCCCCUUUUGUUGGAGUGAAUCAUCAUGGGCAGUCAAUAUUGUUUGCUUGUGGUUUGUUAGCUAAUGAGGACACGGAUACAUUUGUCUGGCUAUUCAGGACGUGGCUUGAGUGCAUGCAUGGACAAGCUCCGAAUGCAAUAAUUACUGAUCAAGAUCGGGCCAUGCAAAACGCAAUUGGGAUCGUUUUCCCAUGCACGAGACAUAGAUGGUGUCUAUGGCACAUUUUGAAGAAGUUGCUGGAAAAGUUUGGGUAUCAUGUUGAUAAGUGCGGGAUAUUUUCGACUUUGCAUAAUUUGGUUUACGAUUCACAAACUGCUGAAGAAUUCGAAGAGGGGUGGGAACAGAUGAUUGAUGCUUACGACUUACAUGAGAAUGAAUGGUUGUCAGGAUUGUAUGAUAAUAGAGGUCGGUGGGUUCCUUGCUUCUUAAGAACCACAUUCUGGGCUGGGAUGUCCACAACUCAACGAAGUGGGAGUAUGAAUGCAUUCUUCGAUGGGUAUGUGCAUUCGAAGACCUCGUUAAACAAUUUGUAG